UGACAUUUAACACAAAGGACCACGUAUGAGCAAGGAGAAAGGUGCAGUACGAACAGCUACUUCACUUUAGGCUAAAGAUGGAGAAGCUGAUCCCAGUUGCUUUGCUCCUACUCACUGUGCUUGACAGUGGAGUAGUCAGUCUUCCUGAAGAAUCUGCCAUACCAAAUGAAAACAAUCCAGUAUCACAAUUGUCUGCACUCAAACUUUCAGCUGCAAAUUUAGAUUUUGCCUUACGUCUCUAUAGACAGAUUGCCUCUCAGCCACGCUCAAAUUCCAAGAAUAUUUUCUUCUCUCCUAUUAGUGUCUCUGCAGCACUUAGCAUGCUAUCUUUGGGUGCAAGAGAUAACACAUGCAAUCAGCUUCUACAGGCUCUUGGAUACAGGAAUAUGUCCCAAAAUGAUGCAGCAGAAGUGCAUGAAGCAUACAAAUACCUCCUGCAAAAGCUAACCAGAGAAAAUAGUGAACUGCAUUUAACAAUGGGUAAUUCUUUGCACAUCCAGCAGGAAUUUGUUGUUAAACAGAAAUUCCUUGAGAAUGCAAAGCAGUUUUAUAAGGCAGAGGUAAGGAGUGUUAAUUUCAAAGAUCCAGAGAUUGCAAAAGUACAGAUCAAUACCUACAUAAACAAGAAAACAUCUGGUGAAAUUCAAGAUUUCGUUAAAACCCUUGAUCCAUCAACUGUGAUGAUGCUUCUCAAUUAUGUCUUGUUCAAAGGUAGUUGGAUGAAACCUUUUGAUCCCAAAGCAACCUACGAAGCUGACUUCCAUGUGGAUAACACAACAACAGUGAAAGUUCAAAUGAUGCAGAGGAAUGGGUUAUACCAUGCUGGUUAUGAUCAGCAACUUUCCAGUCAUGUGGUUAGGGUUCCAUAUAUUGGAAAUGCAUCCUUGGUGCUCAUUCUACCAGCCCCAGGAAAAUUGGCAGAAGUCGAACAAAAUCUGACUAUUAGCAAUUUCCAAAAAUUUUUUUAUUCAUUAUGGCCUAGGUCUACAACUCUGCAUCUUCCAAAGUUAUUACUGAAGGAAUCCUACCAGCUCAAAGACUUGCUGAUGUCUAUGGGUAUUGCAGAUGUAUUCACAGAAAACUCAAACCUUUCUGGAAUAUCUGAAACUGCACCUCUAAAAGUAUCCAAGGUGACUCAUGAGGCAGUGCUGGAUAUUGAUGAAACAGGAACAAAAGCCACAGCUAUUACAGGAAUUGAAGUACUGCCAUUUUCUGUUCCUUCUGAGCUUGUAUUUAACAGGCCUUUCUUCCUAUUAAUUGCUGACCACACUGUUAAGAGCGUCCUGUUUGCAGGAAGGGUAGUGAACCCCACUAGAGUGAUUUGUGUAUGGAAUGGAUUUCCAGAGACAGUGAUGGAUGCAGAUCAUCAAGACAAGAAAAAAAUGAAAGUGGAAAUUUUUAUCCUACUGAUAAGUGGUGAAUUAAUGAUCACUGUGGUGGCACAGCAGCAUCAAUGUGGCAAGCUAUGGCAGCCCCGGAAUUUUAGUUCAGAUUCAGAACAUGACAUUGAAGUCAUUCUUUCACCAGAAGCACCAGAAUCAGUCCCCGAUAUGCAAACAAUCUAUACAUUGACGGAAAAGAACAGAGAAUUUGGUUUUAACCUCUACAGGAAAAUAGCAAACCUACAUGAAGUCAAUGUGUUCUUUUCACCUAUUACCGUCUCCACAAUCUUUGCCAUGAUAUCCCUUGGUGCUAAACAUGUUACAUAUGAUGACAUACUCAGAGGCCUAAACGUAAAAGAUUUGAUCAAAACUGACAACCCAUACCUAUUGCACACAUUGUAUCGGUGGCUUCACUGCAACUUUAGCAGCAACAAAGAUCUUCAUAUCUCAGGGGGAAUUUCUUUGUUUGUACAAGAUGACAUUCACUUGAAACCAACAUUCAUCAAUGAUGCUUCUUAUUUUUAUAAUGCUGAUAUAACUCCUGUAGAUUUUCAAGAUACAGCCAACACCACAGACAUCAUUAAUCAAUAUAUUGACAAUAGAACAAAAGGAAAAAUCAGCAGGUUGCUUGUUUCUGUGGAUAGCAAAACCAAACUUAUGUUUAUUAAUUACAUCUUAUUCAAAGGGAAGUGGAUGGCUCCUUUUGAUCCAAAUGCAACCAUGGAUGGGACAUUCUAUAUAAAUGCGUAUACCAGAAUCAAAGUUCCAAUGAUGUUCAAAGAAGACACAUUUUUCUUAACAUAUGAUGAAAGAAAUUCUUGUACAAUCCUGAAAAUUCCGUACCAAGGAAGUGCAAGUAUGUUGGUGGUGAUACCAAAGAAUGGAGAAUACCUACAUGUGGAAGAUGAGCUAACAGCAGAAUUAAUUGCCGAGUGGAUCAAAACACUGAAACCUAAAAAAAUAGAAUUAUAUUUUCCAAAAUUUAAAUUGGACAAGUCGUAUAACAUGGAAAGGAAGCUGAGACAACUGGGAAUUAUAAAACCCUUCGCAAACAUGGCCAAUUUUUCUGGGAUCUCUUCAUCUCACCAUCUGAAGAUUUCCAAGGUUAUUCACAAAGCAGUGAUUGAUGUGGAUGAGAGAGGAACAGAAGCGGCAGCAGUCACCAGUGUUGCAGCAGUGCCUUAUUCACUUCCAACUAUCAUAAAAGUGGACCACCCUUUUGUUUUCAUGAUAUUUGAAGAAAUAACAAACAUGCUACUGUUCAUAGGAAGGGUGAAAGACCCCACCAAGAGUUAAUAUUCUGGUGAAAUUAUUGCUUUUGAAUUGAUUUUUGGUUUGUAAAUUAGGCAUUACAAUAAUGACUGUUGAAAGGAUUAGCAAUAUUGUGUGUCGUCGAUAACAAUAUAGAAAAUAGAAUAAUCAAGUUGAUUCAAUUUUUCAGAUUUGGAAACGUUCGAUAAC